AUGGCCAUGGAUAAUGUAGACCCAGCCGGUCGCGGCUUCCUAGGCGACCUUACACCUUCCGUUCUCCCAGUCUACCAAUAUCGGAACCGGGAGCAGUUACUAAACACUAUCAAGCAAGCAGUCGCGACAGCAAGGAAGACCCCUACCAGUGAAUGGUGUCUUAUCGAACGCGUUAGCAAUUCAAUAUUCACAGAUGAAUUUCUUUUGGCAAAAGAGGGCCCAUUUGCUUCCUGGUCGUCGUAUGACGCCCAGUUAGACCGUGUGUUGUUGAGAAUGACGAAGUUAGAGGCGCAUGAAGUCGCAUCAGAAAAUUUCCAACUCCUACUCUUCGAUGCAAUCACGCCUACGGGGAUGAAACGUUCGCUUAAGUCAACUGGAAGUACGACCAACUAUGCUUCAAUAGGGUGUAAAGAAGCAGACAAGGCGUGGGAGCCAUUUCGCCGCCCACGUGGCCAAUCAAGGGACUGGCCCAGUGCUGUACUAGAAGUGGCUUUCUCAGAGAGUAGAGCCAAGCUACAGUCAGAUAUAAAAUACUGGCUCCGAGCUUCAAGGGGUGAUGUAAAGGUGAUAAUCACGCUCCAAAUCAAUCAAGGCUCCCCCGACAUAGUAAUCGAGAAUUGGGGAACCCAGGGCAACAAAUCCGUCAACGACCUUCACCAAACAAUUCAGAUUUCAAGGAAGGGCGGCAAAAUCAAAACCAGGGGGUCUCCUCUGGUUAUCGAUUUUGAAAAGCUAUUUCUAAGACCGCCCAUGGAACCGAAAGAACGAGAUAUUCAGAUCGACGACGAAGACCUGCAAUGGUUAGCAGAGACUGUUUGGGACAGUCAGGGGAUUUGA